CAUCAAGUUUCUUCCGGGGAAGGAAUUCAAAGUUGCACAAUGUUAUAUGACUCACUUUGGACACGACCUGAAAGUACCCUGGUAGAUAACCUGCUAGUCUUGAUUUUAUACUCUGGUAUAGUUGCGAGGAAUAACAUGAACAUUUGUUCAAGAUGUUCACAACAACACGAGUUUUCUGCGGCCUCAAGCGAGUGAUUCUCAGCAGAGGAAAGGGUUUGGGUCACGGUCCUUCCGUGAUCGCGAGUGUACAGCCCAUUUUUCUACGGUCUCUGAAGUCAGCCGGUCCGGAGCCCAACAGCAAUGAAGACAAGCCCAUCAAGUUCUCCACCAGCAAGGCCAGUCACAGGACAUGGAAAGUCUCCAGCUCCAUGGGGAUCCAACACCAGAGGCCUUUGUGGAAAGUGCUCCCAAUUAUCCUUGUAGGCACUGCCACCAUUUUGUGGUGCUUUCUGAGAGAGGAGACCGACAUUGAUGCAAAGCUGGAGAAACAGUUACACGAGCAUCUAUCUGGUUUACUUUCAGAUUCCAAGGAAGACGAAGACUGACAACUUGAAGCCGUCCAUGACCAAACUUUGCAAUGUAAAGUUUGCUUUGAUUUUGAGGACUUAUACUGCUGAUAUCUAAAGAACUGUUGUGUAAUAUUAAUAAACUGCUAUGCAAUAAUGAUCAAAUAACUGGCUUUGAGAGGAACUACCACAACAUAUGAAAUUAAACUCUAAAAACAA